UUCUUAUCAUGUUACUGAUAAGCCAGUAAAUACUAGAUUUUCAUUUUAAUACAUAUAACUUUUUUUUUAAGUUUAAUUGAAAACAACAGCUAGAACAAUGUUCAGAAAUUUUCAUCGUGUUUUUAAAAAUGGAAAAUUAAAAAAAUUAACACUUCCAACAUCCCCUCUGUUGGCCGUUUCAUUUUUCAGCAAUGAGAAACCAAAGAAAUUGGAAUUGACAGACCCUCACGAAUUGACUCACAGCUUUCUCUUAAGACAAGCUUCUUCUAAUGUGGUCAAUGCUGCUUCGCAACUCCUCACACAGACCGUUGUUGCAGUAGUCGAUACUGCUGAAAAGUACAAAACUUCUCUCAACAAGCUUAUCAGUUUGAUCGAAGAAAGCCAAUCUCCUCGCAACAAAUAUGUAGACAAAGAGUUAGAAGAUUUGAUAAUUGCAGCAAGAGCGAAAGUGAAUACCUUCAAAAAGGAGCUUUAUGAGCUAUAUUCAUUAAUAGAGUACGUUGAAAAAGUCGCAGAAUCAGCAGCGGAAAGUUCUUUUUUAACAGGAGCUGAACUAGUUUCCACUUCGAUGGGCGAAAGGAUGCAUUCUGCCAGACUCCAAGUCGAACAGACCAAGGCAGAAAUCAAUUCCCUUGAGAAAGUAUUGUUGGCGGUUCAAAAAGAAUUGAUUCUCAAAGAAAACCAAUAAAUACACCUGAAGACUGA